AUGCCUCACGCCAAGAAGAAGCUGAACCCUCUCUGGGGUCUCAUGACCCAACCUCUCUUCCAGAUUCUUGCUGCCGUCGGUCUCUUGCUGACUGGUGUCCUGGGUCUGGUUGGCCAGCUACUCAACGGCCUUGGAUUGGGUGGACUCGUCAAUGGUCUGCUCGGUGGACUCGGUAUCGACAAGUUGCUCGGUGGUCUUGGUCUCGGCAGCGUUGCUGAUUCCCUCGGCCUGGGCAAGAAGGACAAGAAGAAGAGCGGCGGUGGUGGUGCCAGCAGUCUGCCCAUUGUCGGCGGUCUGUUCGGCAAGAAGUAA